AUGCGCAAGUGGUUACGUUUGGUCGCAGUUAGCGUUGUUUUUACUGCGGCGAUUGUUUUAGUGAGCCAGUUGAAUCGGAAUGCCGGGGUUUCCCGUACAUAUCCCGCUGAUAGGGUGGCACGAGCCUUGCACUCUUUUGGGAGUCGGUUCAAUACAACGUAUAUACCAGAAUCAGAUGCAAACACAACUCUAUCCAAAAGAUUACAAGUUGUACAGAUGAUGCGACAUGCGUGGAACAAUUACAAGCUUUACGCGUGGGGCAAAAAUGAACUGAAGCCGAUCUCGAAGCGAGCUCAUUUAUCCAGUGUGUUCGGUGCCGGCGAUCUCGGGGCUACGAUUGUCGAUGGCCUGGACACGUUGUACCUGAUGGGUCUCAUGGAUGAGUUCCGUGAGGGACGGGACUGGGUCGCUGAGCACUUACAUUUUAGUGAUAUUGACUCUGAUCUUUCCGUGUUCGAGACUACGAUUAGGUUCGUGGGCGGAUUGCUUUCCUGCUACGCGCUCACUGGUGACACAGUGUUCAGGGACAAAGCGGCUGAAGUGGCUGAUGCCUUACUGCCUGCGUUUGAAACGCCCACGGGCCUGCCCUAUUCCCUCAUCAACCCCUCUACUAAGGCGAGCCGCCAGUAUCACUGGGCGGGACCGAACAGCAUUCUGUCGGAGAUCGGCACGCUGCAUAUGGAAUUCACAUAUCUAAGUGACGUCACUGGCCGCGAUGUUUACAGAAAGAAAGUCGAACGAAUCCGCGAGGUCCUCAACAACAUUGAGAAGCCAGGCGACCUGUAUCCGAACUUCAUCAACCCGCGCACCGGCCAGUGGGGACAGAGGCACAUGUCGCUGGGCGCGCUGGGCGACUCGUUCUACGAGUACCUGCUGAAGGCGUGGCUGGUGUCAGGGCGCACGGACGAGCAGGCGCGCGCCAUGUUCGACGCCGCCAUGCGCGCCGCGCUCGACAAGAUGCUGCGCGUGUCGCCCGGCGGCCUCGCCUACCUCGCCGAGCUCAAGUACGGCCGCAUCCUCGAAGAGAAGAUGGACCAUUUGUCCUGCUUCUCCGGUGGUAUGUUUGCACUGGCUUCAACCACGCUCGACAACUCUGAGUCGGAACGCUACAUGGACGUAGCCCGCAAGCUGACGCACACGUGCCACGAAAGCUACAUACGCUCCGAGACCAAGCUCGGACCUGAGGCCUUCAAAUUCUCUGGUGCAGUAGAGGCACGAGCGCAGAAGAGCAACGAGAAGGUGUACCUGCUGCGGCCCGAGACGUUCGAGAGUUACUUCAUCAUGUGGCGACUCACCAAGGAGCAAAAAUACCGCGACUGGGGCUGGGAGGCCGUUCAGGCCCUCGAGAAGCACUGCCGAGUGGAGGGCGGCUACACCGGACUUGUCAACGUCUACCAUCAGAAACCUCAAGGUGAUGACGUGCAACAGAGUUUCUUUCUCGCUGAGACACUUAAGUACUUGUACCUCCUAUUCUCCGACGACACCCUGCUGCCUCUCGACGAAUGGGUGUUCAACACGGAGGCACAUCCGUUCCCGAUAAAGGGAAAAAACCCUCUCUACCGUGGUGCAGAGAAACCAGUCGAAGUCGCUAAAGACGAAAACCAUAUCUAA